UCAGGUCCCCCGCAUCCAUUGAUUACGCACAUGACCCUCCAUAUGAUUUGCCAGCCUUCCAAGCCUCUCCCGUCCCAGAGCACCAAAGACAUUCCAAAAAAAGAUGAUCCUCCACCCAAACGAGCGAGGCUAACUUGGUCUCCUUUUUCUCUACCUCUUCCUCUUUCUCCUGAUGUCUUUGACAGAAGGUUACUUUUACUGAGUUCUUCUCAAAUGAAGUCAGAAUCUGUGCCUCAUCCUACUCACCCUCAUUCAUCUCCUGCAGAACAAGACACAGUGGAAAACGCUGAUGUGAAUCAUGUUAGUAUUCCUGAGAAUUUAUCAAAGGCAGGCAACACGAAAUUCGAAACCAGAAACAGUUAUCAGGAAUGGGAGGACUUUAUUCCAAGCCUACCUCAUUACGAACCUCCUAAUGAAAACAGUCCCUUGUUAGCCAUAGACUGUGAAAUGGUGCUUACUGAGAAAGGAAGUGAACUUGCUAGAGUAACUAUAGUAACCGAACUUGGCGAUGUCAUUUUAGACAAACUCGUGAAGCCUAGGAAUCCCAUAAAAGACUAUUUGACCAGGUAA